AUGCGCCUGCACAGUGUUCUGAUGAUAAUUGCUGCGACUCUUGCUAUCGUAAACGGCGGUGUGUCUGCAGCAGAAAGCACCAACCUCCGUAACUUGGAAGCAACAACUCCGGUCAGCUCCAUCAAUACCGUCCAGACACAAACCAGAAGCAAGCGAAUGCUUCGCGGUGAUGACACGGCUAUCGGCGAGAAUGGACACGGCGACAACUACCCAGCCAAGAAAAGGAAGAGAAAACCGUUUAUCGAGGUCAGACUCAAAAAGGCCUUGUCAAACCCGAAGACAGUCAACCGAUUGUACAACCAAUGGUACAAGGCUGGAUAUUCCGCGAAGCGAGUUGCAAAGGAACUGAAGCCGGGCAGAAAGAGAGAGCUUGACGAGGUCUAUCGGAAUCUUGCCCAGGGUUACGCGGCAUUUCUCAAGGGCAAGCAGUCUCAGCAGCAGGUGCUGUGA